UUAUCGCUUCUCGGCCUUUUGGCUAAGAUCAUGUGUAGUAUCUGUUCUUCCAGAACGCCUUUUUUGCAGCUCCGUGAUCUAUCUUCAAAAACUGGAGAGUGGAGGUCCCACCUGAGACCAAACCUACACCAACUGUUAGAUAAGUGAACAUAGAUUAUUGUAGUCAUCUUUAUUUUUUCAUAUUUUGCAUUUUGAGAGACAUUUGAAGGGUUUUUAGUUCCAUUUUUUGCUGCCUCGUGUGUGCGGAGUACGCCACACGACAGCACCUUCUUUUAUUGCAGUUCUCUUUUGUUCUAGUCUUUUGUUCGGAGCCGUAGCAGCGUGCGGCUCCCAUACCGUAGCUUUACGUGGGGCUGUGGCAGUGCGUAGCCCCGUGUAAUUCUUAUAUAGUAGUCUAUAGGCCAUUUUGUUUGAGGACCGUAGUAUAGGCUUUCUUUUUUUGUACAUUUCCGUCCCAUCUGAGCAAGUUGCUCAGAUAUAUAUAUAGUCCCUGUAGCCCCCAUUCUGUAUAUUACUCCAUUUAAUUCUUUCCUGAGCAGGUAGCUCAGGGAGCAUUUUUUUUUGGGUAAAUUUUAUAGUAGUAGCGAGUAGCUACGCCCCUUAUUCCAGGUGUAUAUACAUAACGUCCUUUCCCCGCGCAGAUAGCCCGGGAGCUUAAUUUUUGUUACUUCUUUCGUCAGUCAGCAGCUGUGACUGACGCCUUAUAUUUUUCUCUGUUUUUCCAUUUUACUAUUAGAAGAGAGUAUCCUAGAUCACCAUGGCCGACGUCUGGCAUAAAGACAAGGCCUUGGAGGUUAGGUUUGAAGAUGUUACGUCAGCGAAGUCGGUCUUUGACAAGUUCAAAGGAAUAGGCAUUGAGGCAGCUCAACACUUGUCGGCGAUGCAGCCCUUACAAGGGAAUAAAUUUGAAGUUGUUUUUAAGACCGCUCAGGUUUGUAAGGAAUUUUAUCCUAAAGUAGCAGACAUAGAUGGGUGCACUGUCACCAAGUUUAAUGACAUUGUCAUUGUUACAGUUCAUUAUGUCAGUAUGGCCAUCCAUGACAGCAUUGUUAGAAACAUCCUAGGCAAGUUUGGCCAAGUUCUCGCAGGGAGAUUCACCACGUAUGGGGACAACCCCACUGUAUUUAAUGGUACCAGGCAGUACAGGAUGAAGGUGACCUCCGCCAUUCCAACAGUAAUUAGGAUAGGGGAUCGUAAUGCCUGGAUUUCCUAUCCCGGGCAAGUCCGAACUUGUGCCCGUUGUGGCCAACAAGGACAUUAUGCCCGAGAUUGCAAUAACAUAAAGUGUUUUAAAUGCUUGCAGGUCGGCCAUGUGGCAAAUGAGUGCCCAAAUAGUACAAAAUGCACCAUCUGCGAGGAGGAGGGGCAUGGCUUUCGGGCCUGCCCCAAAUCCUUCGCCAGAAAAGUACAACCGGAGAGAGGAUGGAGUAAAUCAACUACGGCUCCACCUCCUCCUCCUCCACCACAGCCAGCAGGGGAGAGACUUAGCGUGAGUGAGGCGGAUGAACAACAACUUCCCGCCAAAGAAUGUCCCAAGUGUAAGAAAAUGUCCGGGCCUUUUCACUCUAGCAUUGUUUGUUUUUCAUGCAAAGGUUCUCUUCUUCCUGAAUCUUUCAGAGUUCUCGAGUGCGCCCUUUGUAAGGGCACAAAUGGUCCACCCUCCCUCGUAUGUGACAGGAACAUUUGCAGACAAGUGGUAGCCCCUGCUCAGGACGACGGGUUUCGAGUUGUUCGGAAGAGAAAGGGUUCCGCAAAACGGACCCGAUCACCGCCGGACGCUCCUGCCAGCAAAAAACCUGCUCCUUCUGCUUCGGAUCUCUUUGGCUCCAGCGACUCGUCAAUGGAGCAAGAUCAGGUAAAACCAAAAGGGAAAAAAGCAGUAUCUUCUUCUGGUUCUUCCUACUCCUCCUCCUCCUCCUCUGGCUCGUCAUCUGACUCGUCGGAUGUCGAGUCCGAGGGCGAUUCCACCGCCAACGAGGUCGAUGGAGUGGACCCUGUGAAGACAGAAAAAUGUACAAAACAUAUUAGCUCGCUGAAUCUCCCUGGUAUCAGCAAGCCAGCAAGAUGCAAAGUUUCGUCCUGUUCUUUUACCUGUCCCGCAUGGUCUGGCCUAGUCAGACAUGCCUCAUCGGUGCACAAGGACACCACACUUACUCAACUUAAGUGUCCCUGGUGCAAGUUCAAAGCAUAUACGCCAGGCAGGUGGAGCCGGCACAUUUGCCGGAGACACGCUGCUGACGCCAUCUUGAAACAGGCGGGUUUCUUCAAGAAAUUCAUAUAAAUUUUUCCCUUAAUUAAAUGGCAUUUCUCCAGGCAUUCUUCCUUUUUAACCUAAUGAUUACUAUUUUUACCCUUAAUGUAAA